AUGGGGGAAGAUGAUGACGACAUAGUAUGGGAAGAAGAAUUGUACAACAUUAGAGACACCCACCAGCAAUAUGAAGUAAAAAGAAGAGGUCGACCACCUAAAAACCCUGAAAAUAAUUGGGAGACUCAAGGAAAAAAGCGAAAAUCUGUUGAUGAAAAUUUGCUACUAGGAACCGACUGGUUCCAAAAAGCUCGAGCGAUGGUGAAUUUCGAUGAACAAAAACUAGUAAUUAGGUAUUUAGGUAGGAGGUUUGAAGUACCCAUAAUGCAUACAGACAAGGGAAAACAGAAAGAGUAUGUGAACGAGGACAUGAGGUCAGGUGACCACGAUGGUGACGAAAACGACGAUGACGAUCUAUUUGAGGAAUUUGAGUAUGAAAGUGAGGAUUUAGAAGAAGUUGAAAGUUACUCUACAGAUAGUAUUCCGGUUGGUGAAGUAUCAGAAAGUGAGUCGGAAGGAAGGAUUGAUGACGAAAACGUUGAAGAAAGCCCGGCAGUCUGUCUAGCUGUAAUGGAAGAAGUCCCAACCGAAAAAAAGGUCCCUGUUGAUGAAAAACCGCCUGUGGAAGACCAAUUAGUUAGAAUAGUGGAUGGUGUGAAUAUAGAAGCACAGUAUAAAGUAAAUGUGGAGCAAUUGUUUAAAGCAAAUGAGGACUUAUUCGCAAAUGGGUUAGAAGAACUUGGACAAACCAACCUCGUGAAGCACGUGAUCAAGACUGGUGACGUUGAACCAAUUAAACAAGCACCUUAUCAUUUGGCCCCCAGCGAACAGGAAUUUGUACCAACUCAGCGAAACAAAGCAGUGAAACAAGUGCGAUCUGCACAACUGAAACAGAAGGCAUACUACGAUCGACACAUCAAGGUUACACCAGAGUUCCACGUUGGCACCAAAGUAUUGUUAUUUGAUGCUGCCCAUUUAAUGUCUAGAAGCCAUAAGCUCAACCAAAAAUGGAAAGGCCCAUUUUUUGUGCACAAGGUUUUAGCCAACGGUUCCUAUAAAAUAAGAACUCUGGAUGGACAAGUUGUAAAAUCUCCUAUCAAUAAAGCGCAACUAAAAGAGUACCACGAAGCUCGAAACCAUCUGAGGUAG